AUGACAAACAGUCGUCUCAUCACUCGUCGUUGUCGAACCUCUUGCUGUUCCAGAAGAACAUAUCAGAUGCACCAUGAAGACUUCCAUGUGCAUAUGUCUGAAGAGGAGAAGAUUGCUGCUGAAGAGAGCCUUAAAGCGUAUGGCAAGACUAUUGAACUCGACAACAUUCUUCAGCGUCGUGCUAAAAAGAAUCCCUUGUUUCUUCAGAGAUCUUUGAGUUAUCAGAUUGAAGCCAAACAUCAAAGGAGAAUACAAAUGACUGUGUCGCUUUCGGACACUCAAAAACUGUUUCCUAUAUAUGUUUUGCUGGCAAGACUUGUGUCUCCUAAGCCUACUGCAGAGUGUUCUGCAGUAUAUAAGUUCAGUCGAGCAUGUAUCCUAACUGGUGUCCUGGGGGUUGAUGGAGUUAGCCAAGCACAAGCCAAAUUUUUCCUCCCUGAUAUGAAUGAACUUGCAUUGGAGGCAAAAUCAGGAUCACUGGCUAUCUUAUUUAUCAGCUUUGCUCGUUUGCAAAAUUCUCAAUUUGGCAUUGGUUCAAGCAAUAUCCAUUCAGGUAUUUCCAGAGGAAAUUGCCUAUGGAGCAAAAUACCCCUGGAAUCUAUCUACUCAUCGUGGCAGAAAUAUCCAAAUAAGGACUUGGAACAGAAAGCAAAUUCAGUCUCUCUUGUUGAAACGCAGCCUUGCUCUGUACAGAUACAGUCUAUGAGUGAGGAAAAGUGUAUUGCGAUUCAGGUUCCAAGCAAUCCCCUCACCUCGAGCUCACCGCAGCAAAUGAAAGUCACCAUAUCUGCGGAAGAGGUUGCACCGACGGAAAAAUCUCCUUAUAAUUCACUUUCAUUUAAUGACGUCCCUUCUUCUUCAAUGUUAGAAAUUAUUAGGUCGAGAGCAGGGAAUGUAAUUUUCAAUUACAUAUACUAUAACAACAAAUUGCAGAAAACCGAAGUAACCGAAGACUUUACUUGUGCAAUCUGCUUAGUAAAAUGUGCCAGUUUUAAGGUGGAUUUUCAUUUCUAUUCUCACUCAUACUCUGAGUCAAAUAUACAUCUGUUUGGGAAUCAGGCACCACCGGUGGAGAACAACAACUUCGAGAUCAAGUCAGGGCUACUCACACAAUUGAGCACAACAAGUUUCAUGGCCUGGCAGCUGAAGAUCCUAUCGAUCAUCUUGUACAAGUUUGAUCAGUAUUGUAGUUUGUCCAAGACAAAUGGUGUCUCUGAAGAUGCAUUCAAGCUGAAGUUGUUUCCCUUCUCUUUGGGAGACCAAGGCACAAUCAGUGGGAGAGGUCUGUCCCAAGUGACACUAUCACCAUUGGGAGGGAUGUAA